UUUCUGGACAGCGCUUGUGAAAUACAAUAUGUCUACCUCUCAGGAAAAGAGUCUGUUAAUUAAUAACAUUUUGAAUUCCUUAUAUAAAGUUAUUGACUACAUAAAAGUUUCUCUUUAAUUUAGUGAUUUUCGUGAAUUAUUUGAUAUGUAAAAUGAGUUUUUGCGUGAAAAAAACAGGUGGUAGGAUGUGGCAUGAAGCACGGAAACAGGAAAAGAAAAUUCGUGGAAUGUUGGUAGAUUAUCGUCGUAGAGCUGAACGUCGACGAGACUAUUAUGAAAAAAUUAAAUCAGAUCCUACACAAUUUCUGCAACUUCAUGGGAGACCUUGUAAGAUACAUUUAGAUCCAGCGAUUGCUACAGCUGGUGAUAGUCCUGCGAAUAUGAUGCCUUGGCAAGGAAAUGAAGACAAUCUUAUUGACCGAUUUGAUGUUCGCGCUCAUCUUGAUUGGAUACCAGAAGCACCAGAUUCUAUUGAUGUAGAUAUUGCUCUCACUAGUGAAGACAGACAUAUCAAUUAUGAACGUUAUCGUAUUAUUGUUCAAAACGAAUUUUUAGGAGUCUUCAAUGUAGUAACGGAAGAAAAAUUUUUACACCAAAUACAUUUGGAAGAACAAUUUGGUUCAUCAACAAAAUUAGAUUCUGCUAGGGAUAAGAAGAAGUCUUGUAAUAAUGUUGCAAUUGGAUAUAAUUAUGAAACAGAAGAACCAAUACCUGAAACAGUAAAAUCAUUGGAUACUGUUAUAUCCGAUGAAAAAGCAGAUGAUGAAGAUAGUGAUAUAGAUCUAGACAUUUGUGUAGAUGUAUCUCAAAUAGAGCCAUCACAAGCACAUGAAAUGAAUUUAGUAGCUCAGAAAUAUGGGCUUUUAGGUGCUGAUUAUUUCAGUUUUUUGACACAAGAUUUUGAAGAAGCUGAAACAUUAAGACAAGCACGUAAACAAGAAGAAGAGAAAGCAAUGUAUUCGGGUAGGAGAUCACGCAGAGAAAGACGUGCAUUUAGAGAAAAAAAAAUGAUUGGUCGAGUUAUGAGUCCACCUAGUUAUGCAGCAAGAGAAAGUCCUGAAUAUAAUCCCUAUAGAAAAUCUUCAUCCAAAUCUCGUUCAAGAUCUGUUUCUCCUGUAAACACUGGACAAAUAACUUAUAUUACAAGUUUUGGUGGGGAAGAGGAGACUCAUGGAUGUUCAUCUCAUGUCACUUCUUCCAAUUCAAGAAAAGUCAAUUAUUCUCAUCUUAGACGUAGAAGGUCGGACAGCCCAACACUUAAUGAACGAACAAUUAAUAGAAAACUUUCAAAAUCCAGAUCUAGGAGUUGCUCUCGAUCUGUCAAUAAAUCCAAAUCAUACAGAAACCAUGAUAGAAAACGUAGUACAUCCAGGACCAAAUCAAGAAGAACUCGUUCAAGACAUAGAAAAAUCACAAGAUCAAGAACAAGAAGUCGUUCAAGGCGAUCACGAACUCGAAGUGAAUCUAGAUCUCGAUAUAGAAGUUUUACUAGAUCUCGUUCACGUACUAUUUCAAGGUCAAAAACAAGAUCUAGAUCUCGAUCGCGUCCAAAAAGAUCUAGAAGUUCAUCUUCAAGUAGUAUAUCUAGAUCAAAAUCAAGAUCGAGAUCAAGAUCUAAAUCACAUAACAGAAGUCAUUCGAGAGACAGUUAUCGUCGAAGACAUUAUUCUCCGUCGAAGUCAAUAUCUAAAUCUCGAUCGAGAACUAAAUCUCAAUCUAGAUCUAGAUCAAGAUCAAGAUCAAGAUCAAGAAGCCAAUCCAGAUGCAAACGAUCUCGUAGUACCGAAAAUAAAGUACCAGCACUGCCAAGAUAUUAUGGCCGACGUGGAAAAUCAUCAAGCUUGGAAUUAGAAUUAUCAGAUAACGAAGAAAAAGUUUCUCAGGCAACACCAAAACCAACGGUUACUAAUAUCACGAACAUGAACAAGCCAAAAGCAGGGUUAAGUACAAAUUCUGGUGGCGGACACAAAUCACUGAAAAUCACACCCCAGGAACGACUUAAGAAGAAAAUGCAAGCUUUAUUAAACAGGCAAUAUAAAGCUGAUAAGAAAGCCGAGCAACUUAGACUCGAGAAAAUGGAACAGCAAAGGCAAGAUAGAGAAGAUGAAAUUCGAGAAAUGUCUUUGAAGUUACGUAGAAAACAAAGGGAACGAAGACAUCGUUAUGAAGGUCAUAGUUCUGAUUCACAUUCCUCCGUAUCACGUACACCAAGCCCUGGUCGUAGUCCACGAAUUGUUCGUCGAGAAAGAAAAGAUAGAGAUAUAAGAGAUUUCGAAAAUGAUCGUGAGCGAGAAAGAGAUAGAGAACGAGACAGACGUGAUGAUCGAGAAAAGUUUAGAAGUGAAUCUCAAGAAAAAAGACAUGAAGAAAUUCGUCGUGAUCCUUCUAAAAGUACUAAAGAUAUAGAGAAGGAUAAAAUACGUACGAAAAGAGAUAAUGAAAGCAAACUUUUAGCUGAAAAGGAGAAAGCUAUUAAACAUUUGUUGGACUCUGAUAAUGUUGUACCUCCAGGUACAGAAACUGAAGCAAUUCAGAGCAUUACAGAGAGACAAAAUAUAGAACAAGCACAGAUCCACAAGAUCCGAGAACGACGUAAAAGUAUAGAACGUCAAAGAGGAAACUCAUUACGCCGUAGAACGCCAGAUAGAAUUAGACUAAAUUCUCCUCGACGAAAAUCUCCCCCAAUAUUAAGUCCAGAACGUUCUAGAAGUGCUUUUAAACUGAGCAAUGAGAGACAUAGGAGUCCAUUACGGUUUAGUCCUGAUAAAAGAAGAAGCCCAAGAUUUAAUUCUGCUCGCAGAAGCCCUUUUGGAUUUAGUCCUGAACGACGAAGAAGUCCAGUUAGACGACUUAGUUGGGAACGAAGAACAAGUGCUGACAGAAGAUGGAGUGCUGAACGAAAUAGGAGACGUAUAAAUAUACAUGAACGCCGAAGAAGUCGAUCUCGUGAUCGACAAAGAAGUCGCAGUACGGAUCGUCUUAGAAGAAAAAUCAGCCGUUCACCAAUUAAUAGACGUUACAGCCCUCGCCGACGAAGUCGAACUCGAAGUAGAUCAUUAGAACGUCGAAGAAAACGAUCUCCUUUUAUCAAUGAACUUACAAGACAACUAAGAAAUGAAGCUAUAAUGACAUCACACAUGAAUGCCGGAUAUACACAUUCUUCCAUGGACGGCAUACCACCUCUAAUGAAUAAUAUAUAUCAGCAAGAAACAGAAUCUAGAUCAUCAAUACCAAUGCCACCUUACAUGCAUCAAACUGGAUUAGCACCGCCAAUGUCAUCAAAUAUAACAACUGGUGGCCCAACAUUCAUGAAUUUCGAAAAUUCAUCUCAGCCAAUGAAUUUUGAUUCUGUUCCAUUACACCAAUUAUCUCAAACGGAAUAUGUUUCUGGUCCAGUGAUGUAUAAUCAACCAAAUACUGGUUCAAUUCAAUCAACACAUAGGCCAACACUUCUUCCAGCACCACAAAUUUCAUCGCCACAACAUGAAUCUGCUACAACUACAGUGGAUCAUGUGCAAACAUAUAAUUCAUCACAUGGCAUUCCUUCCACUCAUCAAUCUCCAAUUCAAAAUUUUGAAUUUUCAAAUAAAUCUAAAGAUACAAUCUCUCAAAACUACAGGGAACGCGGAUUUACAGAUUCUUAUAAUGGAUAUCACACUUCACAAGAAGAACGAUUGAAAACUCCUGAACCACCAGUCAUCUCAGAUACAAAACAAUUUGAAAAAACAAGUUUAUCCAGUCUGUUGGAAGCAUCUGUUUCCGCUAAAGAUUCAACUAGUCUGCCAGUCUUGUAUCCAGGAUUCAAACCAGAAUUAUUACGUCGUUGUGAACAUGCUUUGCAUGAACUUCCUACAGAAGAUCUUCGUUUAAAAAUGAAGGGGCGAUUUUUCUAUGAUCCAAAAAAGGAGAAUACACAAAGUGAACAAAAUGUAUAUUCAUCGAAUUCAAUUCUUUUACAAAAAAGCAAAAACAAAAUACAGUGGGAGGAAGAAGAAGAACAACAUUUAAUUUCCAUAAAACAAAAUAUACAAAUGCAUCAAAAAAUUUGUCAAACUGAUGAAGUGGAAACAAAUACAAAAUUUGUUCAAGUUAGUGCUACUAUGGUAGAUUUUGAAGUACAAGUAUAUCCUCAAGACUUACAGCAUAUUGCUAAAGAAGAAAAAAGACCUAUCAUGGAUCGCCUGGAUUGGAAUAUGCGUGAAACACUUGAUUGUACAUCUAAAUUUCGGGAGGCUGACGAUUUAAGAUGGAGUUUAAGUAAUUCUUCUCAAAAAAGAACUUGGAAUCGAACGGUAUCCCCUCCUAGGAGGAUUGAUGAUCGUAAACAUCAUAUAGAUUCUGUAUCUCCUGUAGAUCAUAGUUCAAGAAAUAUGAAAUUAGAAUCUCCAAUAAGGAACAGAGAUAAUUUUUCCAGUCAUAAAGGAUCUGUUCGAGAGCAUUAUGUUCGUGAAAGAUACUCGCCUAAUUAUAGACAUUCUUUAGAACGUGGUGAAUUUCAUGAAAACAGAAGUGAUCAUAGUCGUGGUGAAAGUCCUAUGAUGCUAGAAGAUUCUGGAGAAGAAUUAGAAUUGGAACAUACAUUCCAAAGAGGAACAGAUUGGCAUGGAAGAGGAAAACUACCAAGAGGCAGGUCAAAUUCACUAAUGAAACAUGUGUUCAGAGGAAAAUAUUCAGGUGGAAGACCUUAUCGUGGCCGUGGAAAUUUUCGUGGAAAAUUCUAAAACUACUUGUCUAAAGCACAAACUUUAAAUGUAGAAUUAUGUAAUCAAAUAUAUCAAUGUAUCAAAAAAAGUUAUCUAUUCAUGCAAAAAUUUCAAAAGAAGGAUGUGAAUUUAUUGUUUUAUUUAAAAUAUGCUUCUUCAUAUGUUGGAAUUAUCCCAGAUAUUAUUAUUAAAAUAUAUUUUAAAUACACUGGAUUUAAAUACAUUGGAUUUAAACAUUAUAUUAUAAAUACAAAUAUUCUUUGCACGGAUAUUAUCUACUAAUAUUAUAUUUGAAAUGAAAAUUAUAAAAUUAUUUGUAUGUUGUAAAAUCAUAAUGUUUGUUGAAUAAACAUUUUAUGGGACAAUACAAA